UAUAUAAAUAGCAUAAUUAUCUUUUUCCAUAGUCUCAAAACUGAAUCUCCAGUGGGAGAGAAGAACUUAGCAAUGAAAACUUUACAUCCUUCAGAGGUGCCCACCAUCGACUUCAAUGACUUGAGCAGCCACAACUCUGAAACUAGUUCUUUAAUUGUUGCAAAGACGAUCCACCAAGCCUGCCAGGAAAUGGGCUUUUUCCAGAUUAUAAAUCAUGGCAUAAGCAAAAGAGCCAUUGAAGAUGCUUUUGACACCUUGGGCAAGUUCUUUGCUUUGCCAAGUGAGGAAAACAAACAAUUUUUAUCUGAUGAUGUCCACAAACCAGUAAGAUUUGUCAAUGAUAGCCAAAAUUCAAGGGACUUUCUUAAGCUUUAUGCACAUCCUAUAGAAGAUUGGAUUGAUUCAUGGCCUAAUAACCCUGCAGAUUUCAGGGACAAAGUGGGAAAUUAUGCCAAGGAAGUAAGAAAAUUAGGCAUUGACAUAAUAAGAGCCAUCAUGGAGAGCUUAGGUCUAGCUCCAAACUACUUGAGGGACAAGCUUGAGAAAGGAAUGCAAAUGAUAGUAGUGAACAGCUAUGAACAAUGCUCUCCCUCAACCAACAUAAUUGGAGCUUCACCCCAUACCGACCAUAGCAUAAUCACCAUCCUUCUUGAAAAUACUUUUGGCCUUGAGGUCUUGGACUUGAAAGAUAAUGAAUGGAAGAUUGUACCUGCUGCAAUGGAAGAUGCCCUCAUCGUCCUUGUAGGAGAUCAUCUUGAGCUGCUUAGCAAUGGCUUGUACAAAAGUGUCUUCCACCGGGUGGUUCGGAGCUCUCGAAAUAGUAGAAUUUCGAUAGGAAGCUUUCAAAGCCUAGCCAUGAGAAAUAUGGUGGAGCCUGCUGUGGAGCUGGUUGACAAAGAUUAUAACCCUAAGAGAUACGGGGCAAGUAGCUUAGAGGAGUAUAUUAAAUAUCUAGCCUCUCACGAAGCAAAACCUUAUGUUGAGAGUUUGAAGAUUUGAAUAUAUUAUGUACCGAGGUUUGUUUUUCUCAUUAUUUGUUCCAGGUGCUAAUCAAACUUUUAGUACAUGAAAACAAACCAAAGUCAACAACGGAUGUUAUUGUAAACACUUCCUUCAUAUACCACAACACAAUGCUAUCAAUUUUUAAUUUU